AUGAAGGUGUCAGAUCAGGUUUCAAAAGUAUUUUUUCAUCAUGGAUUAUUUUGUUCCACACGACCACUGCCAACUCUUCUGACUGUUAUUUGUAUAUUCAUUUUCUUUUGCAUCUCACGUGAUGUUCCAUUUGAAGCCAUCCCUCUACCGGAGUCAAAAUGCAAGUCUCUUUUAUCUACACCAAGUAUCCAAAAAAUCUCGAAUGACGACUUUAACUUCACUUUUGUCGCUCAAAUUAUUUUUCGAUCUGCCAUUUCACCACAGCAUUCUGAUAUCACUCACAUGGAUGGUUUGCGUUGCAACCUGAAUGCCAGUUUCAGGAUUCACGAAAUUGUACAGUCUACUGCGUUUUUUGUCGAUACAAAAUCGAAUUGUUCCGGUGCAGUCGGCGAACAAAAACUGGAUUCGAUAUGUAUGCGAAUGAAGGAUCUACUAAUCAGCCUCAACGCUGAUACCAGCGAUCUAGCCACGACAAAAAGCCCGACUUCGCGGAUUCUUAGUCUUCCUACGCCCUCUCUUCCUUUUGACGGUUGCGCUGUUCUCUCACCGAGCCUCAUUUGGGGGAACGAGUGGAGCCUCUUUCACCUAGACGACAUCGAUCUCUCAGAGCGGCUCAAUUUGAACGAAGUUCAGGAGCUCCUGGAUGUCCUUUUUGGUCUACCGCGACGUCAUCUCGGCAUGUUUCGAAUGAAGUUUCGCAAUCUUCCAGUGGUGAACGCUUUCGCGACCACCAUUGUGCUUCGAGACUUCUAUCCUGAGUACAUCCACAGCCUUCGUGAAAGACUGAUGGAGGCCUUUCCGGAUUCGCGAUUUGUUGGGAAGAUCAGCAAAGGAAAAAGCCAGGACCACUACCCCGACCCCCUUGGAAAGGACUCAGAACCCCGUGUCUUCGUGGUGCACUAUCGUGGUCACAACUACCUCGUCCAAUACGCCCCCGCCUUUGCCGUCUACACAUUUCUUGUACUCUACAUCUGGUUUUCUGUCAGUAAAAUUGACAUGGUCAAAUCAAAAUUCGGACUGGCCGUCAGCGCUUGUUUCACCAUUUUUGCGUCUCUCGUGAUGACUUUAAGCCUCUGUGCCACUCUCGGUUUGAUGUCUCCAGCACUUCGGGGCAGGGAGUUUUUUCCCUACCUAGUGGGGUUGAUCGGUUUCGAGAACAUACUUGCCACCACAAAAGCCGUGGUCGGCACUCCAAUCGACUUACCCGUAAAGCACCGCGUUGCCCAAGGUUUGGCCAAGGAGGGAUGGCCAAUGACUAAGAACCUCCUCUAUGCCUUUUUUUGCACCGCCCUCGGAUUCCUUACCUUCGACUCGGCUAUUCAGGAGUUCUGUCUCAUCGCUAUCAUCAGCUUCACUACAGACUUCUUCCUUCAAAUGUUCUUCUUCGUGCCCGUUCUUGCUAUCGAUAUUCGUCGCAUGGAGCUCUCAGAUUUGCGACAACGCGCACCACUAUCUUCCAUUCCACCACCCCUUGGCAACGAAAAAACAGUCAACACCGGAUUUUGUAAUCAUAGUCCAGCGGUUACCCGCUCCCGAGAUACAGCCCCACCACCGGACUAUCAUCGUCGCUCCAUGUCGCCCAUCCCACAGAAUAGUCAAAACUUAGGUCACAGACGAGUUCACUCUGAUGCAUCAAAUGCUGCCUUCAUGUCGUCGGAGAGGAACACUUCGGGCGGCGGUGUAUCCUUCCGAAGGCGAUUUUGGGCCUUCCGGACCAAUCGUCGUGUUUUUCAGCAUUUUGGAAUGGCUAUAGUUCUGAUCUGGUUGGUGAUCUUCCUCUGCUAUACUCUUCUUCCAUCCCCCUCACCACCCCGGCCCACCGACUCAAUUAAUCUGGCCUCCCCACACCUCCACAAGCCAGGAAACGGAGCAGGGGAGUCAAAAACGGCCUUCUCAGAAACUGAGGAUGUCUCCCUCCGACGGCUCUUUGGCCUGCGCUCCAUCAACCUUCACGGCUUCGAGGUACGGUGGGACGCCGAUAAUCUUUGGCGCCACAUGGCCUUCUCCACCUGGCCAUCCAUCGCAGACCGCUACAACUUCUCUCUGGAGGGUCGGCGUCUGGUGAUUUUUGAACCCAUCCAUGUGGUACAGCUGUUCUCACCAGCUGAGGCGAUGCAUGCGAGACGGCCUGCUUAUGAGGCGAGUAAUGCUAAUGCCGCAGCAUUCUCCAAGUCGCGUGCCAAAGCUACCAAAGGAUUUUCAGGGGUGGUGCUUCCUCCAACCGCCGAGGACCAGGAGUUUGACAGUGACCGGACGUGGUGGUCGCACGUGCUUUCUUUCGGACACAAGGACGCGCUGAGGGCUCUGGAUCUGCCCUGGAACGGCUUUUUAGACUGGACCACGCGUCUCUGGUCCACCGCAACGAUGGCGGCCGCUAGCCUCUUCGGUGCCGGCUUCUUUCUCACCAUCACUGCUACAGUUAUGCUCUUUGUCCACAAGUCAAACCCAAACGCAUAUCGCGAGCCAGUGGUUCGUGUACGCCAGUUGGUAGUCCCGUUACUUCAAAAAAACCACUCUAUUGAGGAGUGGAUUGUGGCACAUGGGGAUGGGGAGCAGUCCGGCAAUGGCACGAUCUCCCUCUGGGGCGACGGUUUAUUCCAUGGUUUCUCUGGUACCACCUCUACCGCACUCUCCAUAUCCUCCCAUCGCAGUCGGCAUAGAGGUGAGACGGUGGACAACCUCAUUGCUGCCACUGUCUCAGGCUACUUCGGCGGUCCCAAGUUGAUUCGCAGCAUCCGACUGUGGAGUGCCGAUUGUGGCCAUUUGGUAGCUACCGUCGAUCGGUUUUAUCCAGGGAGUUUUGAGAUCCGCGGUGCUGGUUCGCGUCAUCGGGACCUUUCGCGUCGAUUCAGUCCAAUUUGGUCCAUGAAAGUGCUUGCCCCCACCGGCAGCCUCGUUGCUGGUUGUGCCAAUGGGACCAUUGAGAUCUGGGAUUUGGAUAACUUUGAUCUGCGCCAGGUCAUUGAUCUGACCUCUCCCGAGGACUUCUACAAUGCGCAGGGCGAGUUGGUAGAGACCGGAGGUGAGCCGACACCUGUUGGUGGAGUUACCGUCAUCGAAGCCUCCCUGGAAAACCAGCACAUCUUUUACUUUGGCACAAGUCUUGGUUUCGUCGGUUGCGUCAAGUGGGCUCUUACACCAUCCUCGUCAACACCAACAACUCCCACCAACACAGAACCCAUCUCCAGAGGUGGCCGAACCAACCGUCCGCAGUGGAGCGUGCGAGCCAAGUGGAGCGCUCAUCCCCGGAGUCGUGGAGUUGUCCACCUCACACCCCAACGCGUCUUCCUCCCUCAUCGACGCUUCACUCCCCGGAGUCUUUCGGCACUUGACGGGCACUGCCUUCGGAGUGGUGGAGUUGGUGGAUGCAGUAGCGGAGGCGGCAGUUCGCGCGAAGAUUGGGCUCUCGUCUCCGGUGCAAUGGAUGGCUCUCUGGCCCUCAUCCAACCACGUCACUUUCGAUUUCAGCGUUUUCAUUGGGAUCCCAGUCAUCUUCUGUGUGCGGACUUCCUUCAGUCAACGAUAGUGGUCGGUCAGGCUUCAGGUCGUUUGCGGAUGCUGAACCUAACGGCAGCAGUGCCUCCGGCCAACAAGGAUCUCCAUGUCGAGGUCUUCGAGUUGUGUACGAUUAGCGCGACGGGAGCAACAGCGACGACGCCGACGGCCGAGGGCUCCCUGGGUAGCGCUUCGUGGAUUCGCCUCUUCAAGAUUUCAACGCCAUCCUCCACUGAGGACUUUCGAAUGGUCACCUACUGUCACACUGGCGCUGUCUCUGUGUGGAGUAUCCAUGCAUCCAGUUGCCACUUAAUACGAAGGUUUCCUGCCAACACACCGGCCUUUGCCAUUCGUGCACCCAUCAUCUGUGUCGAUGAUCGAGUCAUUUUUGGCGAACGGGGCUACCUGCGUCUGGUGAAUCCACGAACAGCGAAGUACGAGCGCUCGGUGCAACUGAUGCCACCACUGUUGACCUAUCCGACGGAAUCAGUGGCAAAGGGGGAGAGAACUAUGGAUUCGCAGGCCAAUCCAAGCGCGGAGCAGUGGGAGCGUGGUCUGGGCCCCCUGGGUAUCACCGGUGGCAGUCAUGGUCAUCAGUAUUUAUGCGGUCUCUCCGAUGCUGGAAAAAGCCUCUUCAUUGUCCCUAAGUCGGUCCUUCUCAACUGA